UCAGAAUCACCUCCCCCUCCUUAUUCCCGGCUGUCUCCAAAGGAUGAGCAAAAGCCAUUGAACCUUUCAAAUUCCACAUUGUCCUACACUGAAACGGGGGCUACAAAUUCACCCAACCUCAUCGCCAGAGACUUUUCUGAUGCCAGCAUGUCGCCCGAUGCCACGAAGCACAGCCACUGGUGCAACGUGGCCUACUGGGAGCACCGGACCCGUGUGGGUCGCCUCUACACAGUGUACGAACAAUCCGUCAGUAUAUUUUAUGACCUACCUCAAGGAAACGGCUUCUGCCUCGGACAGCUCAUCCUGGAGAACAGGAACGAGACGGUGCAGAGGACUAGGAACAAGAUCGGCUACGGGAUUUUGCUCAGCAAAGAAGCGGACGGCGUGUGGGCUUACAACCGAAGCGAGCACCCGAUCUUCGUCAAUUCCCCAACGCUGGACAUUCCCAGCUGUAGGACCUUAAUUGUGCACAAAGUGAUGCCUGGGUAUUCGAUCAAGGCCUUUGACUACGAGAAAUCCUGCCUCUUGACGCAUGCCCCUGACUUGGACUACCCAGAUGGACCCUACGACCCGAACAGCGUCCGGAUCAGCUUUGCGAAAGGCUGGGGGCCCUGCUACUCCAGGCAAUUUAUCACCUCUUGUCCCUGCUGGCUAGAAAUUUUGCUCAACACAAACAACAGGUAGCUGUUGCAUGCUGAGGAGCGAAGCCCCGAGGACCCCAAAUAUCAUCUACCUAGAUUUAAUAUAAAGUUUUAUAUAUAUAUAUAUAUAUAUAUAUAUAUAAUAUGAAAAUAUAUAUAUUAUACUUGUAAUUAUGGAGUCAUUUUUAUAAUGUCAUUAUUUAUGUACGGUGCAAUGUGUAUAUGGACAAAAAAUGGAAAAUGCACUUUGGCUAAAAGUCUUUCAGUAGUACAGUUGUUGUUUUUAAAAAAAAAGAUGGAAAAAAAUAUACAGCAAAUAUUGGAGUAUUACCAGGAUUUUGGCUGUAUAGUUGUUGUUUUUUUAAUAGUAAUAUCCAGGCCAAAAACGAG